AUGAGUGUCCCGGCGGCGGCCUUGGUCCGGCGGCUGUUGGCGGCGCGCGCAGUCCUUCCCUGUCUUUGGAGAGGAAAGUACUUCACCUCUGGGAAUGAACCGGCAGAAAGUAACCCGGUGACCCCUAUGCUGCGGCAUCUUAUGUACAAAAUCAAGUCUACCGGUCCCAUCACCGUGGCCGAGUACAUGAAGGAGGUCUUGACCAACCCAGCCAAGGGCUAUUAUGUGAACCGUGACAUGCUAGGAGAAAAAGGAGAUUUCAUUACUUCACCUGAAAUAAGUCAGAUCUUUGGGGAGCUCCUAGGGAUAUGGUUCAUCAGUGAAUGGAUAGCCGCUGGAAAAAAUGCAGCUUUCCAGCUGGUGGAAUUGGGCCCAGGCAAGGGUACCCUCUUAGGAGAUAUUUUGAGGGUAUUCGGUCAGCUUGGAUCUAUGCUGAAAAACUGUGACAUUUCAAUACAUCUGGUAGAGGUGAGCCAAAAAUUAAGUGAGAUUCAAGCAUUAACGUUGACUGAAGAGAAGGUCCCAUUAGAGCGAAAUGGUGGAUCCCCCGUAUAUAUGAAAGGUGUCACUAAGUCUGGAAUUCCAAUUUCCUGGUACCGAGAUCUGCAAGAUGUUCCAAAAGAGUACAGCUUUUAUCUUGCACAUGAAUUUUUCGAUGUUCUUCCUGUGCAUAAGUUUCAGAAAACACCACACGGAUGGCGAGAAGUACUUAUUGAUAUUGAUCCACAGGUUUCUGAUAAACUGAGAUUUGUUUUGGCACCUUGUGCCACCCCAGCAGAAGCCUUCAUACAGUGUGAUGAAACAAGGGAUCACGUGGAAGUGUGUCCUGAUGCUGGUGUUAUCAUUCAGGAACUUUCUCAACGCAUUUCACUAACUGGAGGUGCUGCCCUGAUUGCUGAUUAUGGUCAUGAUGGAACUAAGACAGAUACCUUCAGAGGCUUUUGUGGCCACAGGCUUCAUGAUGUCUUAAUUGCGCCGGGAACAGCAGACCUAACGGCUGAUGUGGACUUCAGUUACUUGUGCAGAAUGUCCCAGGGGAAAGUAGCUUCUCUGGGUCCAAUAAAACAGCAAACAUUUUUAAGAAAUAUGGGCACUGAUGUCCGACUGAAGAUUCUUUUAGAUAAAUCAGAUGAGCCAUCAUUGAGGCAGCAGUUACUUCAGGGGUAUGAUAUGUUAAUGAAUCCUACGAAGAUGGGAGAAAGAUUUAACUUUUUUGCCUUGAUACCUCAUCAGAGACUUAAUGGUAGAAUGCAUCAGAUGAAUGCAUAUCAGUCAAAACCCUCUCCAUCACCUGUAGCUGGAUUUGGUGAACUUACUUGGCGGUGAUAUUACAGUU